AUGCUGAACACUCCAAUUGGCACCAGCUGGUCCAGAGUGUCCCCCAUAGAACUUCUUGUCACCAGAGCUUGCGAUCCAUCUCUGCACGAACCAAACUAUGCUUCUCACAUCGAGGUCGCAGAAUACAUUAAUACCAAAAAGGCCAACAACCCGCGAGAGGCAGCGAUGCUGAUAGCUCGCCUGGCGAACCACAGAAACCCCCACGUCGCCGUUCUCGCCCUUGCGCUCCUCGACACCCUCGUCCAAUCGUGCGGCUACCCAUUCCACCUCCAAAUUUCCACCAAAGAGUUCCUCAACGAGCUCGUCAGACGCUUUCCCGAACGCCCCCCGCCAUUCCCCGGCCCAGUCAUGAGCCGUAUCCUCGAUCUCAUUCACACGUGGAAGGAGACGAUCUGCACGGAUUCGCGGUGGAAAGAGGACUUGGGCAAUAUCAGGGAUAUGCACCGGUUGCUGUCGUUCAAGGGAUACCGCUUCCGUGACUUCCCUCGGGCGCAACAGCCAGAGACUGCGGCCGUCAGCAACCUGAAAUCCGCCGAGGAGCUCGAGAACGAGGACAGGGAAGCUCAGUCUGCCAAGCUGCAGGAGCUCAUUCGGAGGGGGACACCCCGAGACCUUGCUGCGGCGCAGGAACUGAUGAAAGCGCUCGCUGGUGCAAAUCCCGAAGCGAAACCCGACUACCGCGCGCAGGCGCUCACGGAGCUCAACAAACUCGAGUCGAAGGUGAUCCUGCUCAACGAACUGCUGGAUAACUUCGACUCGCAGCGCGGGGAGCGGUUCGCGUCGGGCGAUGCGUACGAUCAGAUUGCGUCGAUCCUCAGCAGCGCGCGGCCGAAGAUACAGAAGUGGAUCUCAGACGCAGAGACGGAGGAUCCAGAGUCGCUGGACACGUUCCUACAGAUUAACGACCAGAUCAACAGCGUGCUGAACCGCUACGACGCGUUCAAGCGGGGGGAUUACUCGGUUGCGUCGAAUCCGAUACCAGCAGAGUCGGCAGCGGGCGCGAGGACGGCGAAUGAUCUGUCUCUGAUCGAUUUUGAUGAUGGUGUAAGUGGUAGCGCUCCCCCCGAAGGUGUAGACGAUCUUGCUGGACUGUUCGGUGGUGGACAAACGACGUCGACCGCCGCACCACCAAUUUCCAUGCCAUCAUUCAUGGCUCCCUCACAAUUCGCGGGCACAAACACCUUCGGUUCACCUCACGCACAAAUACCGUCGAUGCCGGCGUAUGGGCAACCACAAACAUCACACACACCUAAUCCAAUAAUGCUCCCAGGUACACCGAAGCCGACGAUAGGGACGUUCGCGCAGAAUACCCAGACACAGCCUCCCAAUUACUUCGGUAACGGUCACAGCGGGACUUCCAUGCCGGGAAUGGGAAUGGGGGGUUCUGGGUAUCAAUCACCGCAAACGCAUCCGCAUACUCAACAACCGCCGUCCUCUACCGCCACUGCGCCAGCAUCAUCGACACCAGCAACACAAGGAAAGGAUCCAUUCGCAGAUCUCGCAGGCCUCUUUUAG